AUGGAGGCUCUGGAUGUCGACCACAUCUUAGGACAGCUCUUAGAGGUGCGACACACCAGGCCUUCGAAGUUGGUGCAGCUCACGGAGCAGGAAAUCAGUGCGCUAUGCUUCCUUUCCAGGGAGGUCUUCAUGGAGCAGCCCAUCCUCCUGGAGCUGGGCGUUCCGCUGAAGAUCUGCGGGGAUGUCCAUGGACAGUACUCUGAUCUUCUCAAGCUGUUCGAAUGUGGUGGCUUUCCUCCGGAGGCGAACUACCUCUUCCUGGGUGACUAUGUGGAUCGAGGAAAGCAAAGCCUUGAGACAAUUUGCUUGGAAGCGGCUGAGUUGACCUCUGAGUCCUUAGCCAAGAAGCUGCAAGAGGCCUUGCUCUUGGCCAAACUGGAGGACUUCCAGCGGGAAGGUGUCAAAGCCUUGCCAUUGUCUGCUACCAGCUGCGUCAUUGAGGUCUACCAUGAUGCUCAAGCCGCAUUUACAGUGGUGGACAUUGCAACAAACUACGACUUUUCCAACCUCUCAAGCUUGGAGGUUGAUGAACGCAACGCCCAGCAGUUUGUGGAGCAACUAGGGCCUGGAAAACGUCCACUGUGGGCAGUGCCGGUGGUACUAAGGCCCAAGAAUGCGGGCCUCGUGUUGGUCUUUGCUUGCGUGUUCCGUGAGAGCGGAUCAAUGAGAUCGCACAUGGCCAAGAACGCCCUGAAGGAGUUGAAGCAUUGGACCUUGCGCAACUCUCAACAACUGAAGGUCACCUUCUUCGACGGAGAUGCCGGGACGGAAAAAGGGCAGCGGAUGCUCCUGGGUGGUCCUGAGCUGGCCAUACAACAGAUGCCCAAAGUGGUAACAGCGGUGAAAGGUGUGCCCCUGGAAGCAGCUGCUGAGCGGGCCUUGCGGGAGCUCUUGCGUGCUGAAGAGAAGGAGGAAGCCAAGCGGGCCAAGCGCGAGGAGAAGAGUGGCAAAGCCCGGCCAGUCGUCUUCCCAGCGGUGGAGGUGGCCACCCGUCCCGGCUCCGAGACGGAGCCGGAGGCGGAGGCGUCGGAGUCCAGCGAAGUCAGCGAAGUGGUAGCUGUUUGCGGUGCAUCAAAUCGUGCAUCUAUCCUCCAGCUGCUCACUGGAUGGCUGGGCUCCGUUCGGGCGGAGGAGUCCUGUCACAAGGUGGUGAAUGCCAACUACUGGCACUACCGCCGCAAUGAGAAUGCAUGUUGGCGCUUGAGCUAUCUCCAAUCCCACCAGCCGGGGCUCUUCGACACAGCCGUCUCGAGCUCGGCCGUUUCGACCGCGCCCAAUCCCUGGAUGCCGCUGCCGGAGCUGGAGCCGGACGGGAGGGAGCCACAGCUGCUGGCGAACAACAUGACCGUGGCUGGUCCUGGGAUGGCGGGUGAUGCUCAGUGGACCAGCAAGUUGUCUUAUCAAGAGGAAGCCAAGCGGGCCAAGCGCGAGGAGAAGAGUGGCAAAGCCCGGCCAGUCGUCUUCCCAGCGGUGGAGGUGGCCACCCGUCCCGGCUCCGAGACGGAGCCGGAGGCGGAGGCGUCGGAGUCCAGCGAAGUCAGCGAAGUGGUAGCUGUUUGCGGUGCAUCAAAUCGUGCAUCUAUCCUCCAGCUGCUCACUGGAUGGCUGGGCUCCGUUCGGGCGGAGGAGUCCUGUCACAAGGUGGUGAAUGCCAACUACUGGCACUACCGCCGCAAUGAGAAUGCAUGUUGGCGCUUGAGCUAUCUCCAAUCCCACCAGCCGGGGCUCUUCGACACAGCCGUCUCGAGCUCGGCCGUUUCAACCGCGCCCAAUCCCUGGAUGCCGCUGCCGGAGCUGGAGCCGGACGGGAGGGAGCCACAGCUGCUGGCGAACAACAUGACCGUGGAGCCCCCGGGCUUGGAACCCGAGCUGUCGGACACCUCGCUGUGGCGCCACCUGCUGCGGGGAACGCACGGCUUCUCGCUGCAGGGCCCGGGCGCUUCCCCGGUGAGUCUCUUCCCCGAAGCGCCUGAGGUGGCGAGGACGGCUCGUGUUCGCCAGCGCAACGCCGGUUGGCGUCGCUGGUGGCUGUCCUUUCGGAAGAUGCGGGAGGCUGACACAGCCGUGGAUGACACGAAGUGUUCGGAGCCUUCGGUGCCGGCGGUUCCAAUGCUUCUGAUGCCUGUUCCAGUGCACCUUUGCUGGAAGGUCCAGCAGUACAUUGAAGAACUGCAACGAGAAGAAUGGAACCAGAAUGGGAGCCCCAUGGUGAAAUUUACAGACAACUUUUUCCUCUUGCGGGGCAACCACGAAUGUGCCUCAAUCAAUCGCAUCUAUGGUUUCUAUGACGAGUGCAAGCGGCGGUAUAGCAUCAGGUUGUGGAAAACCUUCACUGACUGCUUUAAUUGCCUGCCAGUCAGCGCAGUCAUUGAAGACAAGAUCCUGUGCAUGCACGGUGGUCUUUCACCCGAGUUGGGCGCUCCAGGGCAGAUCAAUCGAGUCAUCAGGCCCACGGACGUGCCCGACACAGGUUUGCUGUGUGACUUACUUUGGUCAGAUCCGGAAAAGGAGAUCAGCGGCUGGGGUGAGAAUGACCGUGGUGUGUCAUUUACUUUCGGGCCUGAUGUCGUCCAUGGCUUCUUACGGAAGCAUCAGCUGGAUUUGGUGUGCCGGGCGCACCAGGUUGUGGAAGACGGCUACGAAUUCUUCGCAUGUCGCGCGCUUGUGACGCUGUUCAGCGCGCCCAACUAUUGCGGGGAAUUCGACAAUUCUGCAGCCAUCAUGACGGUGGACGACCGCCUCUGUUGUGCCUUUCAGAUCCUGCGGCCCAUGAGGGUCUAG